GGCUUCACGGGACGCAGUACGCAUGCUCUUGCGCCGAACUUGAGGAGCCAGUCUGGGGCCUAGGCGCAGACGCACUGAGCCUAAGCGGCCGGUGAUGGCGGCAGCGGCGGCGGUGGCUGCGGCGGGUCCGGGCCCAUGAGGCGACGAAGGAGGCGGGACGGCUUUUACCCAGCGCCAGACUUCCGAGACAGGGAAGCUGAGGACAUGGCAGGAGUAUUUGACAUAGACCUGGACCAGCCAGAGGACGCGGGCUCUGAGGAUGAGCUGGAGGAGGGGGGUCAGUUAAAUGAAAGCAUGGACCAUGGGGGAGUUGGACCAUAUGAACUUGGCAUGGAACAUUGUGAGAAAUUUGAAAUCUCAGAAACUAGUGUGAACAGAGGGCCAGAAAAAAUCAGACCAGAAUGUUUUGAGCUACUUCGGGUACUUGGUAAAGGGGGCUAUGGAAAGGUUUUUCAAGUACGAAAAGUAACAGGAGCAAAUACUGGGAAAAUAUUUGCCAUGAAGGUGCUUAAAAAGGCAAUGAUAGUAAGAAAUGCUAAAGAUACAGCUCAUACAAAAGCAGAGCGGAAUAUUUUGGAGGAAGUAAAGCAUCCCUUCAUUGUGGAUUUAAUUUAUGCCUUUCAGACUGGUGGAAAACUCUACCUCAUCCUUGAGUAUCUCAGUGGAGGAGAACUAUUUAUGCAGUUGGAGAGAGAGGGGAUAUUUAUGGAAGACACAGCCUGCUUUUACUUGGCAGAAAUCUCCAUGGCUUUGGGGCAUUUACAUCAAAAGGGGAUCAUCUACAGAGACCUGAAGCCGGAGAAUAUCAUGCUUAAUCACCAAGGUCAUGUGAAACUAACAGACUUUGGACUAUGCAAAGAAUCUAUUCAUGAUGGAACAGUCACACACACAUUUUGUGGAACAAUAGAAUACAUGGCCCCUGAAAUCUUGAUGAGAAGUGGCCACAAUCGUGCUGUGGAUUGGUGGAGUUUGGGAGCAUUAAUGUAUGACAUGCUGACUGGAGCACCCCCAUUCACUGGGGAGAAUAGAAAGAAAACAAUUGACAAAAUCCUCAAAUGUAAGCUCAAUUUGCCUCCCUACCUCACACAAGAAGCCAGAGAUCUGCUUAAAAAGCUGCUGAAAAGAAAUGCUGCUUCUCGUUUGGGAGCUGGCCCUGGGGAUGCUGGAGAAGUUCAGGCUCAUCCAUUCUUUAGACACAUUAACUGGGAAGAACUUCUGGCACGGAAGGUGGAGCCCCCAUUUAAGCCUCUGUUGCAAUCUGAGGAGGAUGUGAGUCAGUUUGAUUCCAAGUUUACACGUCAGACACCUGUUGACAGUCCAGAUGACUCAACUCUCAGUGAAAGUGCCAAUCAGGUCUUUCUGGGUUUUACAUAUGUGGCUCCAUCUGUACUUGAAAGUGUGAAAGAAAAGUUUUCUUUUGAACCAAAAAUCCGAUCACCUCGAAGAUUUAUUGGCAGCCCACGAACACCUGUCAGCCCGGUCAAAUUUUCUCCUGGGGAUUUCUGGGGAAGAGGUGCUUCAGCCAGCACAGCAAAUCCUCAGACACCUGUGGAAUACCCAAUGGAAACAAGUGGAAUUGAACAGAUGGAUGUGACGAUGAGUGGGGAAGCAUCAGCACCACUUCCAAUACGACAGCCUAACUCCGGGCCAUACAAAAAACAAGCUUUUCCCAUGAUCUCCAAACGGCCAGAGCACCUGCGUAUGAAUCUAUGACAGAGCAAUGCUUUUAAUGAAUUUAAGGCAAAAAAAGGUGGGGAGGGGAUGUGUGAGCAUCCUGCAAGGUGAAACAAGAAGACUCAAAAUGACAGUCUCAAAGAGUCGGUGUCAUUACACAGAACACUUUGGACGAGGAAAAAUAAAUAACGGAUUUUUAAAAAUCAAUCAAUGGUGCAAAAAAAAAAACUUAAGCAAAAUAGUAUUGCAGAACUCUUAGGCACGUCGAUUAAUUGAUUCCUGGCGACAUCUUCUCAAUCUUAUCAAGGAUUUUCAUGUUGAUGGCUCAAAACUGACAGUAUUAAGGGUAGGAUGUUGCUUCUGAAUCACUGUUGAGUUCUGAUUGUGUUGAAGAAAGGGUUAUCCUUUCAUUAGGCAAAGUAUGAAAUUGUCUAUAAUACUUGCAACUAAGGACAAAUUAGCAUGCAAGCUUGGUCAAACUUUUUCCAGCAACAUGGAAUCAAAGACAAAAGAAACUUAUCAAUUGAUGUUUUACGUGCAAACAACCUGAAUCUUUUUUUUAUAUAAAUAUAUAUUUUUCAAAUAGAUUUUUGAUUCAGCUCAUUAUGGAAAAAACAUCCCAAACUUUAAAAUGCGAAAUUACUGGUUGGUGUGAAGAAAGCCAGACAACUUCUGUUUCUUCUCUUGGUGAAAUAAUAAAAUGCAAAUGAAUCAUUGUUAACCACAGCUGUGGCUUGUUUGAGGGAUUGGGGUGGACAUGGGGUUUGUUUUCAGUAACCCAGCUGCAAUACCUGUCUGUAAUAUUUAAAAAAAAAAAAAAAGAAUGUUUAAUCAUUUCUACUUGCAGUACUGCUAUGUGCUAAGCUUAACUGGAAGCCUUGGAAUGGGCAUAAGUUGUAUGUCCUACAUUUCAUCCUUGUCCUGGGACUGCAUUGCACUGGAAAAAAAUCACCACCUGUUCUUACACCAGAUUUGGUUCAAGAUGCCAAAUGUGUUCAGCCCAUGGUUGAAAAACAACAGAAGAGAGUCAGGAUAAAAUGCAUACUGAGGGUGGCAAACUGAGGGAGAUAGGGAUAUCCAGGGAAAGAGGGCGUUGCUAUGGUCCACUCUCUGUCUAAUCUCUUUACUGAAAAUUGGUAAGAUUUUAAGUUUUACUUUUUACUGUUUUUGCUGUCUACCUUCCUUACAUUUUUUUUCCUCAACAGUUUUAAAAAGAAAAAAGGUCUACUUUUUUUCUCCUACACUGGGGCUACAUUUUUUGAUUGUAAAAAUACUUGAUGGCCUUUUGAUGAAUGUCUUCCACCAUGAGUAAGAAAACUUAGUGACUUAACAUAGGAAACAUGUUAACAGGAUACUAUGUUUUUGAAAUUGUAAUAAAAUCUACAUAAAUGAUUUACAGGUACAAAGAGUAAAAAUAAAGGUAACUUUACCUUUCUUAAAUA